GCGGCAUCCCGCAUCUAUAUAUGCAUCAGCAGCAAUGGCCGCGCUCGAGAUGUUUCUCUCUCGCUCUUUUGUGCAAUAUAGGUAUACACACCUAUAGGUAUACCUACUCCUUGUCCCCGUCCCUUCCCUUUUCAACCGCUUUUGAAGGCGCUUUUGCACACCAGUGCACAACUGCUAAAUUGCCCCAUUGGAUUGGCGUGGUCACAUAACCUCGUAUGCACGGCGACGACGGGACAUGUCAAAAUUUCUGUAAUGUCGUUGUUAAAGAGCCAAUUUACAUUCGAAGGUGCCUGGCCAUGUAUGCGUCCAAUUAUUCUGAAGCUUUUAAAGCAAGAACCAGUAACACAGGGAGAAUGGCAGGAUCUCUUUUACUCGGUUCAUCAGGUGUGCCUGGACGAGAAAGGCCCACCCAAAUUAAGAGAUUCUUUAAAAGAAGACAUCAUGGAUUUUAUUAAACAAGCUCAACAGAGAGUCAUGGCGCACCAAGAAGAACAAGCUUUGCUAAAAGCUUACAUAGCAGAGUGGCAAAAGUUUUUUACUCAAUGUAAUUAUUUACCAACCCCUUUUAGGCAGCUAGAAGCAUCGCUACGAGGGAAAACAAGUAGUAGCAUGCAAAAGAAGAAUCAGCCUGAAGAAAGUAUUGUAAGAAAGUUAAUGUUAGACAGUUGGAAUCAGAGCAUAUUUAACGAUAUUAAACAAAGACUUCAAGACUCAGCUAUGAGAUUGGUACGAACAGAAAGGAAUGGUGAAGUUUUUGAUUCACAACUUGUUAUUGGUGUUAGGGAAUCAUAUGUAAACCUUUGUUCAAAUCCAUCAGAUAAACUAGAAAUCUAUAGAGAUAAUUUUGAAGCUGCUUACAUUGAAGAAACAGAAGCCUUCUACUGGGUCAAAGCACCUGAACAUUUGUAUAUGUAUGGGGUGGAAAAGUACAUGAGGUAUGCUGAAACAAAACUGAAAGAAGAGGAAUUACGUGCACAAAAAUACCUUGAACCCAAUAGCGCUAGUGUACAACUAUUGAUGGAGCGAUGUGUAAAAGUAUUGGUUGCUAAUUUUAAAACUGUUAUUCUCUCAGAAUGUCCCAGGAUGAUACAGCAACAUCAAACAGAAAAACUUCGACUGAUGCUCAAGUUAAUGGAUCGUGUGCCAGAAGGCGUGACGCCAAUGCUGGUCGACCUAGAAGAUCACAUAGCCACCGCGGGUUUGGAUGAUAUGAUGGCCGCAGUGGACAUAAUCACUCAAGAUUCAGAGAAGUAUGUCGAACGGCUUCUCGACCUUUUUCGACGCUUUUCAAAUCUGGUUAAAGAAGCCUUCGACGACGAUCCUCGCUUUCUGACGGCACGCGAUAAGGCCUAUAAGCUUGUUGUCAAUGACUCCUCCGUUUUCAAGCUUGAUUUGCCUAUGAGACAGGGGAGCGGUGGUGCGCCCGCCGUUGCUUCGGCCGCCGCUGCUCCACUCAUAGGUACCAUCACCAGCCUGGGUGGACCCAAUAGUAAGCCUGUUAAUAACAAUAAUGGGCUGCCCGAGUCUAAGUGCCCUGAACUCCUCGCUAACUACUGUGAUAUGCUGUUGAGGAAGACGCCACUCAGCAAGAAGCUCACCUCUGAUGAGAUUGAGAGCAAACUCAGAGAUGUGCUUCUAGUACUAAAGUACGUUCAAAACAAGGAUGUCUUUAUGCGCUAUCACAAAGCACAUCUGACGCGACGUUUGAUUUUGGACACGUCUGCUGACUCUGAAAAGGAAGAGAACAUGGUAGAGUGGUUGCGAGAAGUUGGGAUGCCGGCCGAUUACGUCAAUAAACUCGCUCGAAUGUUCCAGGACGUCAAGGUUUCGCAAGACUUAAACCAACAAUUCAAAGAGCAAUGUCGAGCUGCUAUUGCUGACAGCAUCAAUAUUAAGAUAUUGAAUGCAGGUGCGUGGGCAAGAGGUAGUGAACGCGUCACAGUUAGUUUGCCACUUCAGCUAGAAGAUUAUAUACCUGAGGUUGAGGAGUUUUACAAGAAAAAGCAUAGUGGUAGAAAACUCCAAUGGUAUCAUCACAUGUCCAAUGGCACGAUAACGUUUUCGAAUCAAGUAGGCAAGUUUGACGUGGAUGUAACGACGUUCCAAAUGGCCGUACUGUUUGCCUGGAAUCAGCGGCCACUCGAAAAAAUUUCCUAUGAGAAUCUGAGACUGGCGACUGAAUUACCUGACCCAGAAUUAAGGCGAACUCUUUGGUCAAUUUGCGCUUUCCCAAAGAUCAAGCGCCAGCUAAUCAUUGCAGAUCCUCCCGCUCAAAGUCCCAAAGACUUCUCACAAGCCACCAAGUUUUGGGUUAAUCAAGAGUUUGCAAUAAUAAAAAAUGGCAAAUUGCAAAAACGAGGAAAGAUUAAUAUGAUUGGACGUUUGCAAUUGUCGACUGAGCGUAGUAAAGAAGAGGAUAAUCAAUCUAUUGUGCAACUUAGGAUAUUACGUGUGCAAGAAGCGAUCAUAAAAAUUCUAAAAAUGCGAAAGAAAAUCACUAACAGCCAACUACAAACAGAAUUAGUUGACAUACUGAAGAACAUGUUUUUGCCUAGUAAAAAGAUGAUCAAAGAACAGAUUGAGUGGCUUAUUGAACAUAAAUAUAUUAAGAGGCAUGAUAAUGACAUCAAUACAUUCGUUUACAUGGCAUAACGACGAUUAUGCAAAAAACUCACUCGAGUUGGCUCUCGACUAAUGCACUAUAUUUUUGUAAUAACUUGAGUUAGUAUUUGCAAAAUCUCAAGUUAAAAAUGUGGUAUAUGCGCAAGUUAUGCAUUAAGUGAAAAAUCAUACUUGCAGCCGUCAACUGCAGUGUUGCAGUUGAAAUCAAUAAUGGUGAUUGCCUCUUGGCUAAAAAAAUUAUAAUGGGUCAAGGUCGCUUUAAAAUUUAUGAAAGAAUAAGACAAACUCAAGAUGAAUUGUACAUGCAUUUGUAAGGUAGUAGUUUUAGCUUUGAAUAAUUUUAGGCUAAAUAAAUAAUAUGUAAGUUCUUGAUAUCCUGUUUUUCUCAAUCGCUUGACUUGCAACUGUGAUUUUCAAGUGACCACGCGUAAUUGAAUUUUUUCUUUAUAUAAACAUCUAUGGUUUUUUUAUGUACGAUAAACUUCAGUUCCGGAAAAAAAUUAUGUAUUAAUAAUGACAACGUUAUAACGAUUAGACUCUUUUAUACAUACUGUUAAAAAUUAUAAAUUCAACUUGAGACUUCAAAUCUUAUUUUCACAUCAAGUCAUUUUUUAAUUACAAAUUACAAUAGAAAAGUAUAUUUACACAUAAUUAUUUUUUCGGGAAUGAUAAUCUGUUUUCAUGUAAGAAUUUACCAUUAUAAGUUAAUAUCGAUAUUGAAGAAAUUGAACAUGAAAUUGUGUCCAACUUGAUGAACUGAUUGACCGUAUAUGGCUUUCUAUAAAAAAUGUAAUGAAACACAAAGGCCUGAAUAUUAUAUUUUUUAUUUAUAAAUAAUUUUAUGAUAUGUAUUAACAGCUUCAUUUAUUAAUAUUAAUUUCCGUUCACAAUGAAUUUAUUUUAUACACAGCUUCUAUAGCCAGGCAAAUUUUUGUUCUUGAAAUGAAUACAAUGUACCAGAGCAAGAUCAAACUGACAUUUAUUUUUUAUUUUAUCUUAAAUUUUAUAAAAAAGUGGAAUUCUCGUACUUAGCUUUCAAAGCACAGGAUAGUAUUAUAGUCGAUCAAAGAACUUAAAUUAUGCAGAGAUUGUUGAGAUGAGUUUAAAUUUAUUUGUCAUUUACUUGAUCGAGGUCAAUGCAUAAGAAUGAUUUGUAUAAAGCCUUUGUAAUAUUUAAGCGUUGAGAAUAUUGGAGUGUAAGAAUUUGAACAUUUGAAUUUUAACAUUUGGAUUAAAGGAAUGUCAAAAUUUUUGUCAAA